AGAGGAAGGAAGGCAUUGAAAACCGUAGAGUUCGGUUUGAACAAUCGAUAAGCACUGAAUCACACGGUUCUUGGCACGAGUCCUUUCAGACAUCCCUAGAAGCAAACAAAAGACAAGUUAACCAUGGUGACGUCAAUGAGAUGGGUUCAUUCAACAAGUACGAAAACCUAGGGAAGUACCAUACACUUGAAAAGGAAAAGAAAGGAGCUUUCAAAGAUGGUACUGAUAUUCUGAUAAGAAGUGGACGAGAUGGAAAUCCUAUAAUAAGAGCCAUGUUUGGAAUUCUUUCCGGGCUUUUAACCGGAGCGAUAUUCCUGGUAAUUCUUCGGUUCAGUUUCGACUAUACCUAUUUACAAGCAGGAAUCAUCACUGUAGUUUACACGGUGUUCGUUUGCAUCGGUCUCGCCUUUUCCUCCAUCUGCCGAUGCAUCAUGGCCGUUCUUGUACCGAACUUUUUCACGGGUAAAGGACGGGUUAUUAUAUUGUCGAUUAUCUUUGGAGUGAUGCUAUCAGGACCAAUCGCGAAUAUCUCCCACAAUUUCAAGGAGAGUGGAAACAGUUUGGCAUGCAGCAUUGAUUUGAUCAACACCCAGCUUCAGGUUUUGCAAAGAAAACUUGAGGAACCUGUAAAAGAUAUGGCAAUAUAUGUCAACAAACAGAAAGAAGUAUUAGAUAAGACCAUAUUCGCUGCACAUCGUUCAAUAGUGGAAGCACAGAGCACUCUCGAGGAAAUUAACCAAACACUCGCUACAGCCGGUCCAACGCUCGAAGCCCUGUACCAGGAAUGUCAGAAGCCAGUUGAAGAUUUCUUCAGUAAAUGCAUGCCGUCGUGUAACCAAUUUGAUGCGAUUUGUCCUACUUUGUGCAUUAAUGCCAGGAAUACUCUGUUUGGAUAUUGUGACGACGUCCGGAAAACAACCGCAAAUUUCGUGGUUAAGGCUUCAGACGAAACCAAGAAAGCCUUAAACGACUCUCUGAAGUUGUUUAGCGCAGACGUGGACAUGAAAGUUUUCUCUAAAGGUGGCGCGAAUUCGUCUAAAACAUCCAAGAAGAUUCAAGAAGAGAUAAACAAGGAAGUAGACGAGAAAGUGAAUGUGCUUCGCACGAUAUCUUUUGUUACGACGAAAGUGCUGUCUGUGUCAUUGUUUAUUAUUUUCAUUCAGUCGUUUCUCUAUGUAAAGUCGUAUUUAGCAAAGGAUGGAUAUGACAACGUUUACAUAACGAAAGGGUUCAGAUCGUUUGACGCAGAGCAAGAAAGAUUGGGUCAGACGUCUCUACUGCCGCUUAAGAAGAGCGAACAGACCAAGUAUGUCGACACGAGAUCAUGGAAACUGAACACCUUUGAGCUGACAUAUUGUACUACAGGAUUAGCCCAAGUGUUCCUUCACUUCAUAUUUUGCGUCACCGUCGUCUUGUUCGACUACGUCCUUUUCUAUAUCCUUAAUCUUGUACGCAUUCACGGCUCGCUGGAACUUGGAAUCCGAAGUAACGGGACGAUAACGAUCGUCGUACAUGGAAACGGACCAGUGGCCGAUUUUUACCGAGUCAUUUUUCAAGGUCUUGACAACAAUGAAGGCUUUUCUUCAAAUUUGCACUUCAGUCGCUGUUUACCUUCUCCCAACAUACCGUACGCCUUGAAUAUCCCAGUGUUUCUAGCCUUGUAUCUGGUCGCUAUUGGUGUGGUGUGUCUCAGAGGGUAUGGGAUGCGUCUGCGAAGAAAGAUUUCGGCUUAUUAUUAUCCUGAACAAGAAAAUGCCAGGAUUGCAUUUCUUCACAAGACAAUCCAAAAUAGUCGCGCUGGAGUUCAACGGUUCUUGCGACAACAUGUUAGGUCAACUCACAAAGAAUGCACGAUUAAAGACCAACUGCGUUUUUCAAAAUGGUUAAGGUCAAAGUGCCAGUGCCUCGAAAAAGUUCUUCCGAACAGGAAUCAGCGCAAGUGCAUGAGCUGUGGACAAACGGACACCGAGAGUGGAUCUUCAUUAAAGAAUUGUACUGAGGAAAAGGCGGGAGAGACCUGCAAGGCGAUGUAUUGUGUAGACUGCAAUGCGGCUUUGGCGGGAGUGUGUCCACUGUGUUGCGACAAUGACGUCGCUUUGAAGGAGUAGAUUGUGUAACUUCCAAGUACAAUCCAUGUACCUGUUUAACGUAUUUUAAUGAAUAACUAUGUAUAACUUCUGUCAAAAGAUACUAUUUUUAUUUACAGAGUUUCUGGAAUGUACAUGUACUCGUACGAAAUUAAAUAUAAUAUGUGCA